AUGGCGUCAGUUUCAGCAGACCUCUUCAUUGGCAAAUUUGUAGCAAUUCUCGAGAGUGAAGCAGCCUCCAUAGCGGGUGUUGCUGAUCAAGUUGAUGAGAUUAAGCGGGAGCUGGAAUUCAUGAAAGCCUUCUUAGCGGAUGCUGACGGGCGCAACAAAGCACACACACAAGUAGAGGAGGUGUGGAUCAGAAGCGUUCGAGACUUGGCCAAUGAUGUGGAAAACAUCAUUGAUGAAUUCAUGUAUCACGUGUACGAGCAGCAAAUUGGAGGUCGAUUUGCCAGGUGGAUCCACAAAACCAUUCACUUUCCAAAGCACCUUUGGUAUAAGCGUAAAAUAGCCAACAAGUUAGAGAAAAUGGCUAUGGCAAUUAGAGCUAUUACAGAGAGAAAUCAGAGAUAUGGUGGUGGUGCUGCUGUAGAAGGAAAAAGUACUUCUUCUGAGGAUAUUCGCAGAUGGGUGCAGAAUCAAGCGGAGUCUUCUCUUUAUCAUAAGGAGGAUGAACUCGUCGGGAUUGAAGGUGAUAAGAACUUGUUAAUGGGAUGGCUGAUGAACAAAGAGCAACGCCAAACUGUUGUGUCUGUGGUCGGGAUGGGAGGAUCGGGGAAGACAACUCUAGUUGCAAGGACCUUCAAAGAUGAAAUUGUAAAGAGGCAUUUCGAAUGCUAUGCGUGGAUUACUGUUUCCCAGUCUUAUGUGAUUGAAGACUUACUUAGAAGAUUGAUCAAAGAAUUCCACAAAGAAAAGAAGGAAGAGGUCCCUGCAGAAAUGAAUGCCAUGAGUUAUAACGAAUUGUUGGAGAUGUUGGUGAACUACUUGGAGACUAAAAGGUACCUAGUUGUAUUGGAUGACGUGUGGGAUGUCCACCUUUGGGAGAAAAUAAGGUUUUCAUUUCCAGAUAAACAACUUGGAAGUCGAGUCAUGCUUACAACUCGAAGAGAAGACAUAGCAUCCUCUUCUUUCGGAGUUGAAAGCCAUGUUCACAAGAUUCAACCGUUGGAAAGGGGUGAUGCGUGGGAUCUCUUCAGCAUGAAAGCAUUCUCAAGUUAUCAGAACAAAUCUUGUUCACCUGAACUUCUGCCUUUAGCUCGGGAACUUGUGGAAAAGUGUGAAGGCCUACCACUCGCGAUCGUAGCCUUAAGUGGUCUCAUGUCUUCUAAGAAGUCACUUACAGAGUGGAGCACAGUCUACAACAGCUUAAGUUGGCAUCUAACAAACAAUUCUUUGUUAGAACCUAUGAAGAUGCGCAUCUUGUUGUUUAGUUUUAAUGAUUUGCCAUACCGACUGAAGCAAUGCUUUCUAUAUUGUUCCCUUUUCCCUGAAGAUCAUGUGAUCAUAAAUUUAAGGCUCAUUAAAUUGUGGAUCGCUGAAGGAUUUGUUGAACAUGUCGAAGGGCUCACGCCAGAAGAAGUUGCAAAGAGCUAUCUUAUGGAACUCAUUUUUCGUAACAUGCUACAGGAAAGGUUUGUAGGAUCCACCCAGCAUGUACGAUGCAUGAUCUUUUGCGGGAGAUUGCUCUGUCUAUAG